AGACCCGGAAGUGAGCGCCCGCCCCUUGGCCCCAGGCUCCGUCCCGCGCCCGCCGGUCCACGUUCUCGCCGGGCCUCCCGCUGAGAGUGGUGUCCGCGCGGCCCAGGGAUGUACAUGCUGGUGGAGACGCUCUCCAGUUCCCGCCUCCAUCUGAAGAGGGCGCCGGGCAUCCGGUCCUGGUCCCUGCUCGUCGGAAUCUUGUCCAUUGGCCUGGCGGCUGCCUACUACAGUGCAGAUAGUCUGGGCUGGAAGAUCUUCUACGUCACCGGCUGCCUGUUCGUGGCCGUGCAGAACCUGGAGGACUGGGAGGAGGCCAUCUUCGACAAGAGCACCGGCAAGGUCGUGCUGAAGACGUUCAGCUUGUACAAGAAGCUGCUGACCCUCCUCCGAGCAGGCCACGACCAGGUGGUGGUCCUGCUGAAUGACAUCCGGGACGUGAACGUGGAGGAGGAGAAGGUGCGGUACUUCGGGAAGGGCUACGUGGUGGUGCUGCGCUUCUCCACGGGCUUCUCACACCCCCUCACCCAGAGCGCCGUCAUGGGCCACCACGGCGAUGUGGAAGCCAUCGCCAGGCUCAUCACCAGCUUCCUGGAGCUGCACCGCUCCGAGAGCCCUGAGGAGCUGUCUGAGAGCAGCGACAGCGACGGCCCCGCCGAGCAGGGCUGACCCGGGGAGCCCCCGGCCGUGGACCUGAUGGAGCCUCAGCAGGCCAGCCUUCCUCCUCACCACCCAGCUGUGUCCCUGGCAGCCCCCGGGCGGGGCCCUGGGCCACUCCUGCUGCUUGCUGCCGCCCUCUGCGCAGAACCACGGCUGGGCUCCCAGGCGCCCAGGGCGGGGGUGGCCUCGGAUCUGCCUCCC